CCUAUAAAAUUCACCACCCAAAACACCCAAACAAAAUCUCUGAUCUCGCUCAUCAAAAAUUCUCACAGUUAUUUGUUCCUAACCCACCAAUUACUGCGAACAAAUGCGUUAGAUUUCUUCCAGCUAUCUUGCGUUGCCGAUCUUCGUUUCAUUAUAGGGUGAUUUUGAAGAGAUGAGCAGCUCCGGAUUCUCGUGGAAAUUGAAGGAGCACCCAAAAAUUCCAAAAGGGAAGGCUGUGGCUGUGGUUGUUCUUGAUGGGUGGGGUGAGGCCAAUCCUGAUAAAUAUAACUGCAUUCAUGUUGCCGAGACGCCGACCAUGGAUUCCCUCAAGAAGGGUGCUCCAGAUAGAUGGAGAUUAGUUAGGGCUCAUGGAACAGCAGUAGGUCUUCCAACUGAGGAUGACAUGGGUAAUAGUGAAGUUGGUCACAAUGCAUUAGGCGCGGGAAGAAUUUUUGCACAAGGUGCCAAGCUAGUCGAUCUUGCACUUGCCUCUGGAAAAAUAUUUGAAGGAGAAGGCUUUAAAUACAUCAAAGAGAGCUUCAAUUCAAAUACUUUGCACCUCAUCGGAUUGUUGAGUGAUGGUGGUGUCCAUUCACGGCUUGAUCAGCUUCAGUUGCUAUUGAAAGGAGCAAGUGAGAGAGGCGCCAAAAGAAUUUGCGUCCACAUCCUUACCGAUGGUCGAGAUGUUUUGGAUGGCUCUAGUGUAAAAUUUAUUGAAACACUUGAGAAUGACCUCACAAAAUUAAGGGAGAAAGGUACUGAUGCAAAGAUAGCAUCUGGUGGAGGUCGCAUGUAUGUUACUAUGGACCGUUAUGAGAAUGACUGGGAGGUAGUUAAGCGUGGCUGGGAUGCCCAAGUGCUCGGUGAAGCACCAUAUAACUUUCGUUGUGCGAUCGAAGCUGUCAAAAAACUAAGGGCAGAACCAAAAUCCAAUGAUCAGUAUUUGCCCCCUUUUGUUAUAGUUGAUGAGAGUGGCAAGCCAGUUGGGCCUAUAGUAGAUGGUGAUGCUGUUGUGACAUUCAACUUCAGAGCAGAUCGAAUGGUUAUGCUCGCUAAAGCGCUAGAAUAUCAAGAUUUCGAUAAAUUUGAUCGUGUUAGGUUUCCAAAAAUUCGGUAUGCUGGAAUGCUUCAAUAUGAUGGUGAAUUGAAGCUUCCAAACCAUUAUCUUGUUUCUCCUCCAGAGAUAGAGAGGACAUCUGGUGAAUAUUUGGUGCAUAAUGGCAUCCGUACUUUUGCUUGCAGUGAGACAGUUAAAUUUGGUCAUGUCACCUUCUUUUGGAAUGGAAAUCGAUCUGGCUACUUUAACCCAGCAUUGGAAGAAUAUGUUGAAGUCCCCAGUGAUAGUGGAAUCACAUUCAAUGUCAAACCGAAGAUGAAAGCCAUGGAAAUUGCUGAAAAGGCAAGGGAUGCUAUCCUCAGUGGCAAGUUCGAUCAGAUUCGUGUAAAUCUACCUAAUGGAGAUAUGGUAGGACAUACUGGUGAUAUUGAGGCGACUAUAGUGGCUUGCAAGGCUGCUGAUGAGGCUGUCAAGAUGAUUUUGGAUGCAAUAGAGAAAGUGGGAGGGAUCUAUGUGGUAACUGCAGAUCAUGGGAAUGCAGAAGACAUGGUAAAGAGGAACAAAGCUGGCCAACCUCUUCUUGAUAAAAAUGGGCAGAUUCAGAUUCUCACUUCACACACACUUGAACCAGUUCCAAUUGCCAUUGGAGGGCCCGGGCUUGGAAAUUUUGUUAGAUUCCGUAAGGAUGUCCCAAGCGGUGGCCUUGCAAAUGUUGCUGCCACAGUCAUGAAUCUCCAUGGUUUUGAGGCUCCCAGUGAUUAUGAAACAACCCUAAUCGAAGUUGUCGACAAAUGAUUCAAUUAUUUUCUCCUACAGGUCUAGGGUUUCCAAUUUAAUGCCGAGGGCGUAAAUAAACUUUUCUUUGCUGGAAAGUUGAUGCUUUCUUCAGGUUACUUUUUAGAUUUUUCAUGACCUGAAGUUGCUUGCUUCUUUGUUGAUGAUUGUUUCGAGGGAAUUUUGCUUCCAAAACCCUGAUGGAUAUUAGAAGAAUUCUUAGCUGGUAUUUUACUUCUGACAGAGAUUUAUAAACUUGCAAAGGUUUAUUUUUUAUUUCUUUGUUCGUUUGAACCAAACCUAUUGGGGUUCUGAACUA